GGAGUAACGUUUAUCGUUUUCGUGAAAUUUUUACUACGGAAGUCGACUGUCUUUUCAGCGAUACGCGCUUCAAAAUUUCUCGCGUGUACGAUUGACAAGAUUAACGCGAAUAAAUAAAAUUUAUAGAUGCCGUAUAAACGUAAAAAGUAUCACAGAGGUGAUACGCAUUUGAAGAAAGGUUGGAGAACGAAACGAAGAACGAAGGAUUUGGACGAGAUCGAUGAGGAUUUGAAGGGAAACGCGGAGAAAUUGUUGAAUCAGAAAGUGGACUUUGAUAAACCCGGUGCAGCGCAACAUUAUUGCAUGCAUUGCGCGAGGUACUUUAUAAACGAAAUUGCUUUGCACUCUCAUUUUACUACCAAAGUGCACAAACGACGAUUAAAGGCACUCGAGUUAGAACCAUAUAGCAUUGAAGAAUCGGAAAGAGCAGCGAGCAAGGGAAACUAUAUCGCACCCCAGAAACGAAAGAUUGAAACUGUCACAAGAGAAACUUUUAAUGAAAAAGAUGCUGCACCAAAAGCUAAAAUGAUGAAGAUAGAUGAAUAAAAUUAAUUUAUCAUUUAAUUACUGUA